AAAUUCUGCUGUUCGCGCGGUCACGGGGAUUGUCACAAGGCAAAGCAUCACAAACACAACAAAGUCAAGAAAAUGUUGAAUGCGCCGGGCUCUAGCUCCUCUCUGAAACCAGUCGAGGACUCGUCUAACGCAGCUACUUCGUCAUCAAAUGAUACGUCACCUCAAAGUUUUUCUUCCUCUUCAUCGCAGGACCUCGUCGCAGGUCUAUCAUCUCUACACAUUCCCAUUGUAAACGGAUCCACCAGCAAUGGGGCAUCUGGUCUGCUGAGCUAUCUGAACAAUCGAACGGCCGAGGACAUAUGCAUGAUCAAGGAAACCGCGGAAGGUUUUGCGUCGUGCCUCGCUGCUGAUCACGCAGUAGUGCUAAAUCCUGACGUGGAUUCUCCUUUUGUUGACGCAGUAGACGUUGUCCAUCGGCUUCUUCCCUAUCACGUCCUGCAACAACCAGAAGAAGAUCUGAGGAUCGUUACAGAAAGGAGACGUGCGAAAGGAAAGGGGAAGGCCCGCGAUACGAUCCGAGAUGAAAUUGAAGACACUGAAUUUGCCCUGGAAUGUCACCGUCGACUGAGGAAACUUGAGUCGCGAUUUCGACGCGCCAAAAUAAAGUCCGGCAUGCGCCCUUCUCCAGAUGAUCAAGGAUACGUGCUAGCUCAAGCUGUGGUGGAGUACGAACGGGCAGAGACAUCAUCUGUCAGCACAGAGUUACGCAACGCACGGAACGAACUAGACGCGUCACAGCGUGAAAAGCGCAUCGCAGCCAAUGUUACUGUCAGUUCCUUUCGUUCAACCUAUUAUCCUCAAGCCUCGCAAACCCAGUACUAUCGCACGUACCCAUACGCAUUCACUCAACCAUAUACCAAUACCUCUCAAGGGACUACAAAUUCGAGUUUUUACUCGACGCCCACAUCAGCUCCCUCGGCCGCUCCCACUACAACAUCGGCUUCUACUGCAAUUCCGGUACAGCUUCCCGUUAGUUCGUUGCCCGCCUUACACGCUCUCGGAAUAGUGCCGAUUCCUGCUACUUCUCUCCCGCCCGCAGAUCAGCCGCAGCCGCCAGCUGUGCUACGGGGGUCUACUUCCAAUGGAACAAUUUUGAGUCUAGAGAUAAAUGUGUCACUACUACAGUCGCCGCAAGUGAGCGGGCUGGCAUAUUUAUUGAAUACUAUGAUGUCGAGGGGUACAACUUCUGGGCAAGGGAACGCUAGUUCGACGACAGGGGGGCAGCCUUCGUCUGUAGUUACGUCCGACACCGCGGCCUCAUCACAUACGGAUGGCUCGCCUGGAGAAUAAUCAAGUAGGGAGAUGGGCCAGCAUAAUGGGGCUGGCGGUAGGACAAUCGUUGUUCCUGCCCUGGGGUAAUACCAAUUAUAGUAAUAGCUUGUUGUACGCCGUGUUAGCGAAGGUAGUCUCUGGCCUAUAGUACAUAAUUCGUGAAACAGUAUCAUUCCAGCUUCU